CUGCCGAGCAAGACGGUCUUAAAAUUAUCGGCGAAAUAAAUUGGGUUUUUAUAAUUAUAUGCAUUCUUAGAUUAAUUAAAUAUGUAUAUUCAAACAUCAUUUUGGCAAUGGUGGCUAAUUUUCUGUCUGAUUUUAUCGGUGUCAGCGAAAGAUGUUAGUCCACCACAUAUACUUUUUAUAAUGGCUGAUGAUAUGGGCCACAAUGACGUUUCAUAUCACGGCUCGGACCAAAUCUCCACACCCAACCUUGACGCGCUCGCCACUCGUGGUGUAAUUUUAAAACAGUACUACAGCGAAGCAAUAUGUACACCUGCUAGGGCUGCGCUACUCACAGGAAAAUACCCUAUGAGAACUGGAAUGCAGGGUUUUCCUUUGUACAACUCAGAAGAUCGAGGUAUUCCAUUGACUGAGAAGCUGUUGCCGGCUUAUUUGAAGGAUAUAGGUUAUGAUACGCAUUUGGUUGGGAAAUGGCAUCUUGGAAUGGCAAGCAAACAAUUUUUGCCACAGUAUCGAGGUUAUGACAGUCAUUAUGGAAUCCGCGGAGGAUUCGUCGAUUAUUUGUCAUACCAUAAAGUGGAAGAGUUGCCUGACGGUACACUUAUGUUUGGUUUGGAUUUCUUUGACAACGAUAUACCUCAAAUCACUGAAGAGCGAUAUAUUGUGGACGCUCUAACAGACAGAAGUAUUGAAAUUAUAUUUGGCCAUAAUUCAUCCAAACCACUCUUUCUUCACUACACUACGUGUGCGCCACACGCGGGUAAUGCUGGCGAGGCAUUGCAACCACCUUUAUACAAAAAUCUUGGCAGCAGACACGUUGCUCACCCAGAUAGACGACUUUAUGCAGAGGUUGUGCGACAUCUUGACUAUAGUGUGGGACGACUCGUCCGGGCGUUGGCUGAUAAAGGCAUUCUUCAAAAUACGCUUAUCAUAUUCGUGUCUGAUAAUGGUGCUCCCACUACAGGAAUGUUUAGUAAUUGGGGAGUAAAUUUGCCAUUUAGAGGCCGAAAACAAACUCCAUGGGAGGGAGGGGUAAGAGUUCCAGCAUUCAUUUGGCACUCGGGCUUGAAACCAAACGUUUGGGAUGGUCUUAUGCAUAUUUCUGAUUGGAUGCCAACAUUACUCGCAGCUGCCGGCAGAAAGAUUGAUGAGAAAAUUGACGGAAUCAACCAAUGGCCUUCAAUAUUAAAAGGACAACAAUCUCCAAGAAAAGAAGUAUUGGUUGCUGUCGAAGAUAGAGAUAAUGGAUACGCAGCUUUACGCAUGGGUGAUUACAAACUAUUAAUUGGCAAUUUCACUGGACUUGGGAGCGCUUACUAUGGAGCUGAAUUCUUGGCAAAUAAAGAAACGCCGCCAGAUUUUUACGAAUCAUUGGCGUCGUCUGAAGUUGCUCAGGUGUUUUCUACUUUAGGAAUUACUUACGAUUAUGGGGACGUUAUCGCUACGAGGAAAGCGGCGGUGGUGAAGCAAAUUGAUACGGUCAAAGAUCAAGUACCUUGCAUCCCAACAGCAAUUCGCGGUUGCCUCUACAACGUUAAAAAGGAUCCAGCAGAAAGUCACGACUUAUGGCUUCGAGGGCAGAAAAUAGUUUCCAUGAUGACUAUGCGCCUGCGUUCUCUCUGGUCUCAAAUAGUAAAACGAGGACCAACCGAAUUUAAUAUAGACGCAGAUCCAGCUAGUCAUAAUUAUGUUUGGUUAACGUGGCUCAACAAUGUCACCCAAGGGAAUCCUCUCAACGUGAAACACUUUUAUAAGGAUGCAACAAUAUUCAACGUCGGCUGUGAAUGUGCGAAUAGCUGGCAAAAUUUCUUGUGUAUGAUAGGGAGUGUGCUUCAAUAGUUGUAUCAAAUAGUGUUCUGAAUAAUUGUUAUUUUUGUAUCAACUAGUCAUCAUCAGUGAAGCAGGCAUUUGUAUGAUUGUAUUAUUUAAAAUCUAUAGCACUAAUCAAAGUAAUUAAAAAAAUAUGCCUUAAAUGUGAACGUUUGUUGAUGUGUGAAUUGACUACAAACUGUAAAAUAAAAUGUUUUGUAUUUAUUUUAUACAAAUCCUAAACAAGCCAUUUAAAUACCAUAAUGCCCUAACGAAGACAAAUCUAACAAUAUUUAAAAAUAACGUAAAUUAAAAUAAAGUGUUUGAAGUAAACUGUGUCGUAUCUUAUCGGAUGAUCAAAAUUUUUAUCUUGAUACUUGACACGAACUCAAAUGUAACAAAUACAUGUAUUAAGAGGACAAAAUAGAAACAAGAAAAAUGUUUCACGUAGUCCAGACAAUUUUUUUUAUGUUACCUGCUUAAAUAAAACUAUUUUCAAAAAGCCUUAUUGAAAGAGGUAUAGCUUCUAAGCGAUUAUUAUAAUAACAGCUCAGAGGUUGAUCGUGCGACUCUGUUAAUGUUGUUAGUGUUGAAUUGUUAUGUCGGUUGGGGUUUGAAUCCCUUCAAAGAUCCUUUGAUUACCUUCAAAGUACGCAUGAAUAACUGACUAAAAAUCAUAAGGAAACCAGCUCUAAUCUAAGAACAUAAAAUCAGCCAUAAAUAUCAAGCAAGGAACCUACUUU